AUGGAGGUAUCGCGGUUCCAGCAGGAUGUGAGGUUGAGCAGGUGCAUAUGGUGGGUAUCACGAGGCUUGACAAACUCCUGGACAAACUGGAUCACUGACACGUAUGUCUGGAAGAUUUCAAGACAUGGCGAACGUUAUCCCAACGAGAAACAUGGUAGAGGUCGUUUAGACCACAAAGCGGUCGUUCAACGCAUGAAAGACAGCGGCAUUCGCUUCUCGGGUUACUUUGAAUUCUUCAACGACUGGGAGCUCUUCUGGUCAGGUAGUCUCGAACAGUUGACUUCUACCGGCCCAUUCGCAGGUACUCUCGGAGCUUUCACAACCGGUGUUCGUCUUCGCACUCGGUACAAAAGGCUCCUAUCCAAAGCUUCCGAGUCUCCAAAUCACCCUGUCAAGUUUUGGGCCAGUGACUCUCGACGCGUCAUUGCAACGGCGCGUCAUUUUGCGCUUGCUUUCUUUGGCAUCGACUUCGAAGCCAACAAAGUCGCAGCCCUCGAGAUCAUACCGGAACACUCACAGCAAGGAGCAAACACAUUGACGCCCGGUAGAACAUGUCUAGCCAACAAACAUCACCACGAGGCCGGACGCAAGCAGGGCUAUAAACUGGUGCGCGAAUACCAGGCCAUAUUCAUCAAGCCCAUCCGCAAGCGUCUGCGUCAGCAAACCUCAAUGACUUUUACGGAUAUAGAAAUCUGGAGCAUGAUGGAAAUGUGCGGCUUUGAGACGACGGUUCGCGGACGAAGCGAUUGGUGCGAUGUAUUCACCCAAGCCGAAUUCCUGUCUUUUGAAUACGCCAGAGAUGUGCUACACUAUUACCGUGCAGGGCCCGGGAACAAGUACGCUUCUUCAAUGGGCUCUUUGUUCCUGAACGCUACGACGAAUCUGAUGCUCGAAGGGCCUAGCGCUGGUCCUCUAUUCUUCAGCUUCGUUCACGACGGCGAUCUAACACCCAUGCUUGCAGCCCUUGACAUCAUAAACGACAACGAGCAUCUACCCGCCACACACAUGGUGCCCAACCGCAAGUGGCGCACAUCUCAGAUCCUGCCCAUGGGCGGCCGCAUCAUCUUCGAGCUGCUGUCCUGCAACGUCACACGGCCGUCUGGACGGAGAAAAUUCGUCAGGCUCAAUAUCAACGAUGGGAUCACCGCGAUCCCUGAUUGCGACAAUGGGCCGGGGAUGAGCUGUCCGCUUGAGAAGUUUGCUGCUCGCACGAAGAGUAAAACUGAUGAGGCUGGUGAUUUUCGGAAGGCUUGUGGGUUGGGAGAUGAUGCGGCGGAUCGGAUUACUUUCCUUCAUCAGAGGUGGGAGUCUUGA